UUCGCCGACGCUGCUGAAGAUGUUCGAGACCACGCUGACCCUGCCGCGCACCAGCGUACUGACCGAACCGCUGGGCAGCGUAGUACCCUCCACAUCGACCGCGGCGGUGGCUGUCCAGACGACCAAGCGUCGUCGGCGUCGUCGCAACAAGAGGCGACGCAAGUCCUCGCUCUCCGGCAGCACCGAAGCGUCCUCAUCCCGCACCUACGAUCCUGUCAUGACGGGCAGCAGCAGCAGCAGCAUGCGUAGUACGGGUGGGGGGGGCCCGGGUGCAAUGCGUCGUGGUCGUUAUCGCGGGGUCAGCUCAUCCUCAACAUCAGCAGCAGCGGCGGCGGCAGCGGCAGCAGCGUCUGCGGCGGCAUCAGCAGCCGCAUCCAUGAGUGGCGGAAGCAGUCCUUCGAUGUAUAUGGAUCCACAGGACUACUUCGAGACGCUCGACUAGAUUAUUUACAAUUUUCGUAGUAGGUUAAAUUUUGUUGUUACUUCAGUUCUCUUCUUUUUUACCAGAGCGCCGACAUGCGAGCGAACGCCUAUUAAAUUUCCUUCUUUUUAACUGAUUCAUUUGCUAAAGAUGCGCGACAUCGGCGACUAUUUGCGGCCUUUUGAUUUAGCGUGAUUUUUAAUAACUUUUAACGUAUAUUUUAUAUAGCCCCUGUAAUCCUAAAGUGUGUAAUAUUAUGAUGUAUAAUUAAACUGCGAACUGUGCUGCGUCACGACACCCCUGAAUACCUUUCAA